GAAAAUCAUCAAGUCUGAAACAGACUGAUGUGCUAGUACACACACCUAAAAAUCUUGCUCUAUGAAGCUGUUCAGGCCUUCAUUCAAAUACCUUUGUGAUUCAUUGACUCUAUAAAAUAUUGAGCUUUGGAGUUUCAAGUAAUCCUUUAUUAUAUGGGUUCUCCAAAUAGCGGAAUUACAAUGGAGCUGCUGACUUUGGCUUUAUUAGGAACACUUGCUUUUGGAUUAUUCAAUCCCCGUGCUGUGGCUGCUGUGCCCGCAGGUAACUGCAGACAGACACGCUCCAGAAGGUAACCGGGAAAGCCGAACUGAACCGAAUCUUUUGCGUGCGUGUCCUCCUCCUGCAGAUCCCUGUUCACGGAACGCUUCGGAGUGCAAACCUACAGGCUUCGGCAUCUUUGGGCGCCACGCUGCGACCCCGUGCAGGGACCUGUUUGGUGCCGCUCCCUGAGGCUGGGACAGCCCGCCAAGCUGCCACCAACAGCCGGGAGCGGGCAGGCGUGCCCGGGUGGAAGCGCUGCGAGGGGAAUUCUUUCACGGCAAAGCUGUUCCCUGGCAGCAUCUCAGCAGGUUAUUUUCCAGCCAGCUGCCAGCUGUCCCGUUGCCUCACCCAGAAAGCAUUCCUACACAGAGGAAAAAAAAAAAAACAAAGGAAAAGACCGAACAUCGAAAGACCCCACGCCACGCCCGAGGCCCCGUAGAGCCGCUGCUCCUCCCGGGCUCAGCCGCAGCCCCGGCACGGCUCCCCUUCCCCGCGCGUUCCGCGGCCUUUCUUCCCGGUCUUUCUUCCCGGCCCCGACCCCCACGAGCUGCGGGAUUCGGGCAGGGUCUCCUCAUAGCCCAUUCCAGAGCCCCGCGCGCUAACAAUCCUCCUUUUCUGGGGGGGCGCCUGGGAGCGCCGAGCUCCGCCCGCAGCCCAGCGCUCCCUGGGCCCCCGCGGGCCUGACGUGAGGGGCGGGCGGCCCCGCCGCGCUGUGCCCGGCACGGGCGGCUCUGCUGGCGGUCAGGGGCGCUCCCCUCCGCCGUCCGAGCGGGGCGGCUCUGGCGGGAGGCGGCGCCAUGGGGCUGCACGGCGUCAAGGCGGUGUUCUUCGACCUGGACAACACGCUGAUCGACACGGCGGCGGCGGGGCGGCGGGCCAUCGAGGAGGUGAUAAGCGCCCUGCAGUCCAAGCACCACUACGGGGAGGGAGAGGCCCGCGCCAUCUGCGAUAAGGUCCAGGCCAAGCUCCUCAAGGAGUGCCACGAUCCCGCCAAGAUGUGCAUCACAGACCUGCGGAUUUCGCACUGGGAGGAGGCGAUCCAGGAGACCAUCGGCGGGGAGGCGAACCGCGACCUGGCGGCCGAGUGCUAUUACCUGUGGAAGACGACGCGGCUGCAGCACCUGGCGCUGGCCGAGGACACGCGGGCCAUGCUCACCGAGCUGCGGAAAGGCCUCCGCCUGCUGCUCCUCACCAACGGCGACCGGCAGACGCAGAGGGAGAAGAUCGAGGCGUGCGCCUGCCAGCCCUACUUCGAUGCCAUCGUUGUGGGGGGAGAGCAGAAAGAGGAGAAACCGGCGCCAUCCAUAUUUCAUUACUGUUGCGAUCUCCUGGGGGUGCAGCCCGCAGAGUGUGUGAUGGUCGGUGACUCUCUAGAUACAGAUAUCCAAGGAGGCCUGAAUGCUGGCUUGAAAGCAACGGUCUGGUUAAACAAAGCAAUGACCGCCCCAGUAGAUACCUCCCCCGUACCUCAUUAUAUUAUUUCUUCUGUACUGGAUCUUCCAGCAGUUUUACAGAAGAUGGAGCACAACAUUAAUGCUAAGUUAGAAACUGACCAUAUGGCUAGUAGCAAUGAAGCACACUGAUGAUGGUUCCAGCAUACAGAGACCUGCUGAGCUGUUAGGUGACACACGCUCUUUUUAAAAAUCUGACCCUAGGAGUUUGAACUCAUCUAUGGUCUCUUUUACACAGCAGAGGAAUGAAUAAGAGCACAGUUGUCAGUGAAAACAGGACAGAAAUACAGAAUUAUAUUCAUUUAAAUGAUGCAAGUGCAAUUCAUUUGAAGCAAUUGCCUCUGUCUGGAAAUUUAUUUUGGCAGACUGUGGCAGAAGUCUGUCUGUCUCUGACCUAAGUUGCCAGUCUCUAGUUUUUAUAGAGGAAAAGAAAAUUUUAAUGUUCUGAACUUUAUCAUGCUUUCCUGAUUUGUAAGCUUAGCAGAAGCUUCAGUUCCAACCUUGUGUGCAGUGUGUAAGAGAAGGUGAGAAGGUGAGAAAGAGAGUGUGGUGCGGUCUGGUAAAUCUUCACAAUUGAUCUGCAGUUAAUUUCAGGAACUGGGGUGAAUCUCUGUUUCUCAGAUGAUUAGAAAUGCUCUGCCUUUGAUCUUUUUUACAAGUUUUAGAAUUUUUUUCAGACUUUGCAGUGACUUUUCUUUUAUGGAACCUGUAUCUUUUGCCAAAAGUACUUAAACGUUCAUCAAAAAUUUGCUUUUUUAUCGGGGACCAUUUAUCAGAGGGACUUGAUGAAUAAGCUUUUACUUUAUAUUAUCUUGGUGCUAAUGCAGAUAUGCAGUAUACUUGUAAUUCAGAUUAUGAUUUUUGUUGAAACGGAUAAAACAGGGAUAUUUUCAGUGGUGUUACUGUCCUGUCAGACUCUUCAGAAGCUAAUAUCAUUGUUCUGUCUGAUUUUAUCAGUGAAUUUUGAUCAGACUUUUUGGAGAAACUGUUCUUGGUCUUGCUCAGGUGUAUGACUACUCAGAUUCAACUGUAGGAUCAGUGGCUUUUUUUGUCUGUUUUAAUGGCACUGCUAUAUAAUCCCUCCUUACUCCAGUUUGCAUGUGUAAUUCAUGUGAUUUAUUCUGGAGAAAAUACAAGCUUGUUGUUUGUAAAUUAGCUCUCAUGACUCUCUUCCAGGAAACUGGAAAAUUAUGUUGUAUGUCUUACAGUACUGUAUACAACUUUAUAAGGUAUAUGUGUUAUUUCCACUCCAUGUGAGAGAUGACUCUCUAAAACAAGGUUUCUCUUUCCUACAUCAUUACAUUAAUUUAUUUCUUUUUGUGCCUCAUAUUCUUAUUACAUAACAGGCAGGCAUUCUCAUAUUAAAUGGAAAUGUAAACACUUGUUGGUGAGUCUGUGGUUUUCAGCCCUAUUUGCUAUAUAUUCACUGGGAUGAGUAUCAGACCAUAUAUGAAAUAUCAAAUUUUAUAUUUUUGAGUAGUUCUAUGACAGAUCUUUUGAGAACAGAGUUAUUAGGCUACUGGCAAAAGAGUGUCUGGCACAUGGGCAGUGAUAAGAAGUACAGAAACCUACCCUGAAAUGGGUGUGGGGAAGAAAUUCUAUAUACAAGAAACAUUCAUGUCAAAUUAAAGGAACCUAAGUUAAUGCAGAUAAGUCUUGCAUAGGAUGACAGAGUCAGUUUAGAGGAGACUUACUGGUCUGGGUUAAAUUAUUUGACAGGAGUUUAGGUUGGAUCAAAAUAUAUUGUUCCUACAUUGAGGAGGGGGGAAAAAAAAAGAAAUACUUAUUAAAUUUGGAGCCUCUUUCCCAAUUGUUUGUUAGAAAAGGUAAAGCAGUCCACAUUGUCUUACCCGGCCAAGACUGUUGAGACAUCAGGUCAAGAAAGAGUACAGAGACAGGCCCCACCUAUUCCUUGGAGGAAAUGGGCAUAUACUGAAAAAAAUCCUGUUACAGUCGUAUAGUAGCAUGAACCAGUGACACUGACUUGUCACACCUGCUGAAGGAAGAGGCCGAAGUUAAGAUUUUGGUUUGCAUUUGAAGAGAAUGGAAACAGUCACUGGUUUAGCUGAUGAGCAAAGCAUUGCUAGUAACAUUUCUUAUAAGGGAUGAUUGAGACAAGAAUGAUAAAGAUCAUUGAGCCUGUCAGGGAUACUGUGUAAAAAUAGAAAUGUAUCCAAAAGAUUAGCAGGAUCCCUGAAGAAAUCUAACCAUACCAUCUGAUACAAAAGUCAACAGCUAAUCUAAAUUGAGGCUUAUAUUCUCUUGUCACCUGCAUCAUUCUGAAGUGGCAUGCUGAGCCUGCUUAUUGUGGAAAGGAUCUCUUGUUUUGAAAGAGGCUGCUCUUUGUUCUCCCAUUUCUUUUUCUCUCUGACUCUGAAAAACCACAAUAACUGCACCAUCAGGUGACAGUGUGGUCUGUAGAGGCUACACCUGAGUAUAUUUUUCCAUUUCUGAGUACUGUACCAGACUGGAUGUGGCUACUGGUGUCCAGAGAGGAAGCACUGUUAUGAUGCUUCUAUAAAACAAGAAGAAACAGUAGAAGACUUCUCUGUCUAGGGCCAUUCUUAGAAGCAGUUUCCCAAUGAGCUGGAUUAGGUAUCUGGAGUAUCUCUAAAUACUCAAGAUAUUUUUCUUGGAUGGAGCUCUUGCAGAAAGGAUAAUGAAAAAUAAUUACAUCUAGUAAAUCGGAAACAUAAAUGUAGUGAUAGGAUAAUUUUCACAUCAGAAGCAGGAACAAAUAAAUUAAUCAGUCUAUUAACAGUUCCCAUUAAAUUCUGGUUUUGCUUAGUGUUAUGCUUUAUUAAAUUAUCUAGUUUAAACUAUUUUGCCAAAACAUGUGAAAUAAAAAGAGAAAAAAGAAAUUCUAUCUGUAUUUUUUUAAACCUUCUUUUUCCAGAUAAAUAUUACCUCCUGAGGUUAGUCUAUGGUAACUUUGACUUCAGUGAAAUGAACUGUUUAAUAGUUUAAUACCAUCUGUAUUCUAAUUCUUGAUUUAAAAUAACCCAUGUACUAGUCUAAUAAAAGUAUUUUAUUUAUAAAA